AUGUCUACUCAGAGUAAAGGAAAUUAUGGGAAUGUUGUCCGAAUCAAUCACGAAGCCCACGAGUAUACAUAUUACCCCAUUGCUAUCAUUGGUGCCGGUGAAUCGGGUAUUGCGAUGGGAUGUCGUUUGAAGGAAGUCCUAGGUUUUGAUCAGUUUCGCAUAUUUGAUAGGCAGUCGGGAAUUGGAGGGACAUGGUGGAUCAAUCGCUACCCCGGAGUUGCUUGUGAUAUACCCUCAACAUUCUAUUCAUUCUCGUUCUGUCCAAAGUACGAUUGGUCAUGUUUUCACCCAGGAGGCGCAGAGAUGGCCGAAUAUCUCCAGAGUGUUUGCGAAAAGUAUGCAAUUGUGGAUAAAAUACAAGUCAAUACCGACGCCAAAGAAGCACGCUGGCUCGAGAACGAACAAGUUUGGGAAGUAACAUUACAACACUUGAUGGCUGGUGCUGGAGAUUUGAGUGAAGAAGAUCGAGCACUCAAGGUCAAAGAGCAAGGCCACAGUGCCGUUUAUACCUAUGAAGAGAAGAUUCGAUGCAAAAUCUUAAUAAGUGCUGUUGGAGGUCUCGUCCAACCAAAAUCGUGGCCCGAGAGUAUUCCUGGAAAAGAAAGCUUCAAAGGAGAAAUCUUUCACUCCGCUCGUUGGCGAUUUGACGUCAAUCUUAAGGACAAAAAUGUGGUGGUUAUAGGAACUGGUUGCAGUGCAGCACAAUUCGUGCCGAAACUCGUGACCGAGUAUGGUGCAAAGUCUGUCACUCAACUAAUGCAAUCUCCACCGUGGGUUUUGCCCAAAGUCAUACCGCCAUUGGGAGAGAAAUUGUGGAACAAGUGGUCACCAGCACUGAACACAUACAUACCUGGCUUCAAUAAAGCCAUGCGUUAUUCAUUAGGCGCAGUACUUGAAUAUGAUUUUCGAAUAUUUCGAUCCGGCUCUUUCGGCGAGAGGGAGCGUAGAAAGGCGGAGGCUGAUUGCUUGGCCUACAUGAAAAGUAAAGCGCCUGAGAAGUAUCACGAGAUUUUGACUCCAAACUAUGGAAUUGGUUGUAAGAGGAGAAUUUGGGAUCCGGAUUGGUACGCAUCUCUGAAUGACCCAAAAAUUCAUCUGACAACGCUCCCACUGAAGAGCCUUGAAGAAGAUACUGUGACUCUAGGACCUGGUCGUAACUAUCCACCUGAGGACGUAGCAAGCUCCGUACCAACUGACAAAAUUACCAUUCCUGCUGAUGUUAUCGUUCUUGCAAAUGGGUUCCAAACAACGAAAUGGUUCCAUCCAUUCAAUGUCUACGGCAGGGAAGGGCAAACAUUACAAGAUGUGUUUGAAGAACGGGGUGGUCCUCAAAUGUACAUGGGGACUGCCAUGGAUGGGUUUCCAAACUUCUUCACUUUGCUCGGCCCGAAUUGCUUCACUGGCCAUACAUCCGUUAUUUAUACGACGGAAAGUGCGGUAACUCAAACACUUAAAUUUAUCAAGCCUUUGCUCAAUGGUGAUAUUACCAAGAUAGAGGUCAAACAAGAAUCUCAAAUGAAUUGGACUACUCAAAUACAGUCUGCUUUGAGAAAGAUGGUGUGGGCAGAUACUCGUACGAAGAAUUGGUACCUCCGCGAUGAUGGAUGGAAUUCCAACACUUACCCAUACACUCAACUCGAUUUUUUCUAUCGCUGUUCAUUUCCAACUUGGAGACACUGGAACAUUGCAUAUACGCGGAAAGGUUUCCUCAAGAAAUGGACGAAGAGAACGUUUGUUCUUUUGGCUUGGACCGUAGCUUUUAUCGAUAUUUAUAAGAAAAGGAUGUCAGGCGGUGGGUUGGGGUUGAAUGAAUUAAUAAACAGAUGGUUCAAGAAAGGGCUUCUGGUGACAGCUUCUACGCUGACAAAAUUAGCAAAGAAUAUACAGUAG